AUGGGCAAGUUAACCAGCACAAUCGGUAUCCCGAUCAAGCUUUUGAACGAAGCGCAGGGCCACGUUGUCACGCUCGAAAUUACAUCUGGCGUCGUGUACCGCGGGAAGCUCCUCGAGGCUGAGGACAACAUGAACGUGCAAUUGAAGGACAUCACUGUCACAGCGCGCGAUGGCCGCGUCUCGCAUCUCGACCAGGUCUACAUCCGCGGUAGCCACGUGCGAUUCUUCAUUGUGCCGGAUAUGCUGCGAAAUGCCCCCAUGUUCCGCUCGCGAGGACAGCGCGGCCGAGGUGUUGGACUUGCGCGUGGUAAGGCGACGGUGCAGAGAGCCAGGGGACAACGAAGGGGUUAG